CAGCUGACAAGUUUCAAAAUAUAACCUCAACAAUGUCAACAAACUAAUAAACAAUAAUAAAAAAAUAUUAAAAUGUGAUUAAUUAUGUUAAACAUAAUUAAAACAAAUUAAAAUGGCUAAAAAAAAAAGCACCAAAGAAGCAUGGGUUGACAGUGCCCUUGAAGAUUGGGGUUCUUAUAUGUCAGCUAAAAAAGCAAAGCUAGAAGAACAAUUUCAUGAACUGGCUGAUAAUGAAUUUACAAAUCCAACAAAGCUAUUAAAUGGCAUUGCAAUAUUUGUCAAUGGCUGGACUAAUCCAACAUCUGGUGAAUUGCGACGUUUGAUGAUGGAACAUGGUGGUAUUUAUCAUCAUUAUUUACGUUCAUCAACAACCCAUAUUAUUGCAUCAAAUUUACCACACUCAAAAAUAGUACAAUACAGAAAAUCUAAACAUCCUUUACCACUUGUUAAACCAGAAUGGAUAACUGAUAGUAUCAAAGCAAGCAAGCUACUUGAUUGGAGACCGUAUUUAUUAUAUUCAAGUGCAACAAAUGAACAGCCAAAAUUACAAUUUACUAAAGAAAAUCCACCAAAAACAUCAACUGAUGUAUCUGAACAAUCAAAUCACCAUGAAAAUAUGAAAAAAAUUAAUGAAAAUUCAUUGAUAAAUAGUAAACAAGUAGAAAAAAAAAAUAUACAAGCAAUUUCAUCGAAAAAUGAAGAAUUUAUAUCUGAAUUUUAUAACAAUUCACGUCUUCAUCAUAUAUCAACAAUGGGAGCAACAUUUAAAGAAUAUGUAAAUGAAUUAAGAUCAAAAAAUAAUGGUUCAUUUAUUGGUUUCGAUAAUUUAAAAAAUUCAUAUAGCAGCAGAGUUAAAAAAAAAGAAAAUGGCUAUGAUUCUGAUGAGGAUUUAUUUGCAUCAGAUGAAUCAGAUGAUGAGACAUUACCAGAAACAAUAAUAAUGCAUAUUGAUAUGGAUUGUUUUUUUGUAUCAGUUGGUUUACGAAAUAGACAAGAUUUAAUUGGUAAACCAGUUGCAGUAACACAUUCAAAAGGUGGUAAUAAAUUAAAUGAUACAACAUCAAUGUCAGAAAUAGCAUCAUGCUCAUAUGAAGCAAGAAAAUUUGGUUUAAAAAAUGGCAUGUUACUUGGUAAUGCAUUAAAAUUAUGUCCAAAUUUAACAACAAUAAAAUAUGAUUUUGAAGGAUACAAAGAAGUAUCAUAUUGUCUUUAUAAUACUGUUGCAUCUUAUACAUUAGAUAUUGAAGCUGUUAGUUGUGAUGAAAUGUAUGCUGAUGUAACAAGUAUUAUUAGUAAUUUAAAAAUAUCAAUUAAUGAAUUUUCAAAUGUCAUUAGAAAUGAAAUUAAAAAUAAAACUGGUUGUCCAGUUUCAACUGGUUUUGGUUGUAAUAAAUUACAAGCAAGACUUGCUACUAAAAAAGCUAAACCAGAUGGUUAUUAUUAUUUAAAAAAUAGUCAUGUUAAGGUAUUUAUGGAAAAUAUAUUUGUCAAUGAUAUACCUGGUGUUGGUUCAUCAAUGAUGUUACAAUUGCAAAAGAUGAAUAUUAAAAAUUGUAAAGAUUUACAAAGUUUAACAAUGAAUGUAUUACAAAAAGAAUUUGGUAAAAAAACUGGUGAAAUGUUGUAUAAUACAUGCCGGGGUAUUGAUAAUAGUAAAUUAAAUAUUGAACAUGUUAGAAAAUCAGUAUCUGCUGAGGUUAAUUAUGGCAUACGUUUUGAUGAUGAUAAUGAUGCUAAAAAAUUUCUAAUAAAAUUAACAAAUGAAGUUUGUAAUAGGCUGAAGAAGAUUAAUGCAAAAGGUAAAAGUUUAACACUUAAAUUGAUGGUUAGAUCAAAGGAUGCACCAGUUGAUCCAGCUAAAUUUAUGGGACAUGGUCGUUGUGAUAAUUAUACUAAAUCGAAAAGCUACAUGACGGCUAUUGAUGAUGUAGAAAUUAUUACGAAAGAUGUACUAAAUAUUUGGGAACAAAUGAAACAAAAUUCAGCUGAUAUUAGAGGUAUUGGAAUACAAAUAUCAAGACUUGAAAUUGUUAAUAAUCAUACAACAGAUAUGAUGAAAUUUAUUGCUCGAGGAAAUUUGAAAAAUAAUGAAGGGCUUAAUCAAGCUGGGAAUAAUAGUGAUGGAGUAUUAUUAAAUAAUAAUGACAAUAAAAAAAUUCAAGUCAAUUUAUCUAAGAAGAAACAACAUGUUGAAGCUGCAAAAACAAAUGGAAUCAAGUCAUUUUUUACUGCUGUUAAAUCAAUUGCAGAAAAACCAAAAGCUAGUCAUUCGGAUUAUUUAUCAAAUAUUGAUGAAACUGUACUUGCAGAAUUACCAGAGGAUAUUAGAAAUGAAAUAUUGGAAAGUCGUAAAGCUGCUGUUGUUAAAGAUAAGGUAGAAAAAAAAUUUAAUGAUUCACAAAUUGCUGGUACAUCUAAGCAAAGUGACGUUAUUGAUAGUAAAAAUAUUUCUGCUGAUAAAAAUAGUGUGAGGAAAAGGUUUAAUGACUCUCAAGUUGCUGGUCCAUCUAGACAAAUUAAUCCUGUUGAUAGUAAAAAUAUUUCUACUGAUAAAAAUAGUGUGAAAAAAAAAUUUCAUGACUCUCAAAUUGCUGGUCCAUCUAGACAAAUUGAUCCUGUUGAUAAUAAAAAUAUUUCAAAUGUUAAAAAUCAAAUGAAAUAUAAAAUAAAUACAUCACAAGAAGCAACAACAUCUAGAGCAGUUGAUAAAAAAAUCAUUGAUGAAGAAAUUGAUGAUGAAGUAAUACCAUCAUCACAAGCAAUUGAUGAAUCUGUAUUUGAAAAAUUACCUGAUGACAUACGUCAUGAAAUUCUAGCAAAUAAACCAGUUAUUAAAAAAAAAAAAAAACCAACUGAAAAAUCUGUUGAUGAGUAUUAUAAAAAUAAAAAAUCUGGUAGCUUUGUUAAGCCAAAGCUACAAGAUAUUGAUAUGGGAGUACUGAUUGAAUUACCAGAUGACAUUAGAAAUGAAAUAUUGAAUGAGUAUAAAAAAAAUGAUGUUGAAAUUGAAAAUAAAGAAAAACAAAAUUUAGAUAAUAAUAUUAUAAUUAAAGAUAAAAGAAUUGAUAGAAUAAAAAAAAGUAAUUUUAAUUCAUCUAAUGUAUCAUUUUCUCAAGUUGAUGAAGAUUACUUGGCAGCAUUGGAUAAAGAUACAAGAGCUGAUGUGAGAAUGUAUUGUAUUGCUAAAAAAAAUGAAAAAGAAUUAUUAAAAUCAAAAAAUAAUGACAACGAAAUAAAUCAGUCAAAUAAAAAACCUGCUGGUAAAUUAAUUAAUAAAAAAAAAAAGAAAAUACUUUAUCCAAAAAUUGUUAAAAGACAAGAUAGUCAAAGUUUUUUAGAACAAAGUAUUGUAAAUGAUGAUCAUGCUAAAGAAGUUGAUAGACGUGAUGCUAUUAGAUUUCAUCAAAUGUUGAUACGUGGUGAACAAGAUCCAGUUGAUGAUCAUAAUCAAGAAAUUUUAAUAACACUUGUUAAUCAUUUGUUUAGUCUUCCAUUGCAACAGGUAAAAAAACAAAUUCAAACGUGGAUACAGAAUACAGUGUGCGUCAAUGAAAUUGAUUUGUUAUCAAUUGCAACAUUUUUAAGUAUGCUUCCACAAGAAAAAAGGCUCGAAGAUUUACAUGUUAUCAUGAAGACAAUGCAUAGAUGUAUGCUUGGAACUGGAAAUUGUGUUUGGCAUAAUACAUAUAAAAAAAUCAUUGAACAUGUACAACUUCAUAUGCAAGUUGAGUACAAUUACAAGCUAAUGAUAUCAUCAUCAAUAAAAUGUGAUAAUUCCGAGUGUGAUAGUCAAAUAUCUUGACAAUGUGCAACAUAUUUAAUUUAUAUUUUUAAUAUAUUAUCAUUAAUUUUAUAUAGUUUAUUUAAUAAAAACAUAUUUACAAGCAAACAUUGUAUACUUAUCUUCAAUUAUAAUAAUAUACACACAAUACCACUAAUUCCUUUUUUUAUUUUGUCCUCAAUUUAAAUAAACAA